AUGGCUAGAGUACGAGCUGCCAUUGUUGUCUUCAUAGUGAUUUCUGCCCUGGAUGUUACUGCUGGCAUGCUGGCAAUCCAGGCUCAGGCUGCCGAAAACAAGACUAAAAAAGUGGCAAUCAUCUUCAUUCAGUGCAAGGGACCAGUAUACAAAGCAUACCAGCUCGGCCUCGCAGCUGCAGGGCUCCUUGUACUUGCCCAUGCAAUAUCCAACUUCCUGGGUGGCUGCGCCUGCCUUUACUCUCAGCUGGAGUCCAUCAACAGGAAGCUGGCAGUGCUAUCAUGGAUUACCUUCGGUGCCGCGCUCUCGCUGCUGCUCGCUGGGGCCAUGUCCAACACAAAGUCAAAGACGUCGUGCGGGUUCAUGCACUUCGACACUUUGGCCCUCAGCGGCAACAUGUGCUUCGUCCAUGGCGUGAUCGCCGUCGCCUACUACCUCACGGCCACCGCGGCGGCGCCGGAGUUUGCUUAA